GCCGGCGGCCCAUGAGCCCCGACCUCAAAGUUUGCGGCGGGCGGGCGGGCGCGGAGCCUCCAAGAUGCCGUUCCACCCGGUGACGGCGGCGUUGAUGUACCGGGGCAUCUACACCGUGCCCAACCUGCUGUCGGAGCAGCGCCCCGUGGACAUCCCCGAGGACGAGCUGGAGGAGAUCCGAGAGGCCUUCAAAGUCUUUGACCGGGACGGCAAUGGCUUCAUCUCCAAGCAGGAGCUGGGCACCGCCAUGCGCUCCCUGGGUUACAUGCCCAAUGAGGUGGAGCUGGAGGUUAUUAUCCAGCGGCUGGACAUGGAUGGUGAUGGCCAAGUGGACUUUGAGGAGUUUGUGACCCUCCUGGGACCCAAGCUCUCCACCUCGGGAAUCCCUGAGAAGUUCCAUGGCACUGACUUUGACACCGUCUUCUGGAAGUGCGACAUGCAGAAGCUGACCGUGGACGAGCUGAAGCGGCUGCUCUACGACACCUUCUGUGAGCAUCUGUCCAUGAAGGACAUUGAGAACAUCAUCAUGACGGAGGAGGAGAGCCACCUGGGCACAGCUGAGGAGUGCCCCGUGGACGUGGAGACCUGCUCCAACCAGCAGAUCCGCCAGACAUGUGUGCGCAAGAGUCUGAUCUGCGCCUUCGCCAUCGCCUUCAUCAUCAGCGUCAUGCUCAUCGCGGCCAACCAGGUGCUGCGCAGCGGCAUGAAGUAGGCGCCGCCUGGGAGCCCGGUCUGGUGCACGCGGUGCAUGGGGCCCACCCCACACCCACCGCCGCCUGCAGUCCUCUCCCUCAGCUGGCUCUCUGGGCCCCGACCCCGUGUACUUCAAGGCCUGGAGGUCCAGCGACCCCACCCCACCAGCCCCACAGGUCUUGCAUGGAGCCGUGGCCGCCUGUGGAGGGCCUGGUGGUGGCUCUGAGGACGGCCCCCAGCCCCGCCUGCACCCUGCCUGUGCCCCAUCCUGGCCUGUAUGUAGCACUCACUCUUCCCACUGUCCAGGGGCUCCUGAGAAAUUAAGGGGAAAUUUGUACAGGAACCCCAGGGCCCAGUCUCUGCUGUGGUCCCUUGGGCAGGAGGGCUCACCCAGGGCCCACAUAACCUGACUCUGGUCCCGGAUGUCUUCCCAGGGCCAUGGCAGGACAGCAGAACAGCUGCGUGUGAGGGUGGGGUCUCCUGGGCCCCUCCCUCUGACCCUCAGACGAAACUCAACCCUUUUCUUCCAUACACCCGCUGAGGCCAGUCAGCUCACUAUACAGAUGAGGAGGCUGAGGCUCAGAAGACUCCCAGAUCUGGCCUCAGUUCCCCCAUCAGCAGGGAUUUUCAGAAAGGGCAAAAGCUAACGGAGUGUGGGGCAUCCGAGGGGCCCCAAAACACUCCCCACCCUCUUGCCUCUCCCAGCAGAGGCCCUGAAGGCCUCAUCACCCUUUACCACCCUAGCACAGAAUCUAG